UAACCUCUGCACCCGAAGCCAUGGCCUUCUCGUAGAUGGCGCCGUGUUCGUUUAGUAGUGCCGAUUUGGUCUUUCUAUGGCGCGGGGGAUGCGUGGAGCAAGCAAUUGGUAUUUUUGUGCUGAUUGGUUGCUGAGGCAAUAUGUCGAACAUGUGGUGUGCGACGUUGCUUGGGAGGAGCGAGUGUUUAUCCUGAUUCUGGGUAAACUAGGUUCAUUUCAACUGUGACUGAAAGGAGAAUGGUGGUAAAGUAGGUUCCCUGAACUGCUUGUUGUAACCCCUGUGGACUCGAUCUAUGAACAGUAGGGCCCACGUAUAAGAUAAUGUGAGGGAAGUCAUAAAAGCCAACAGCUGCUAGAGAGAAGGGAACGAAGAAAUCAAAUAGAAGCUUAUUCCCUUGCUUGUUCGUCCUCGGUGGUGGCGGCGGCGGCGGCGAUUCCAUCUCACGUCACGGCGAUCUCGUCGGCGGCCACGGGAGAAUUUAUCCGGUGAGAGCUUGUUAUCUUCCUCAAGUCCCGGUCCUCACCGCUGGUGGCCGGUUGCGACAAUUGGUAUUUAGAGCUAGCUUUUUCUCGGCGUGGGUACUCCAGUCAUUGCUCUGCAUCUGCGGCAGCAUAUCGGCGGUGUUGUGGCGGCAGUAGAUCCAUGGGGGUUCUGCAGCGUGCGGCGGCGGCAGCAGCGGCGAACCGGGCUGCUCCGACUACGGUCACCGGCAUGUCGAUGUUUGAUUCGGACGUGAACCGGGAGGCGCGGUGGUCACGGCUACAGGAGGGGCUGAAUCGGCUUCACACCCGCAUCGAAUCCAUCGACACCACACAGCAGUGCAUGGCGACGCUGUUCACCCUGGCAUCCACGUCGCUGGAUCAGGUGAGGAGAGGUCAACAAGUCAUGGCGAAGCAAUUGGAGACUAUUGGCCAGGCUGUGGCAAGGCUCGCUUCCUCUCCGAGAUUGAGGGCGAUGGAUGGAUUUGAGGUGAGUCCUCCUAAACGUAGCAAAGGGGGCUUGAUAUUGGGGACACCAACGGUGCCAUGGAACUUGGGGCCAGGGGAGGAAAACGUGAUGUGUGCUGUGGCAGGAGGCAUACCCACCAGCUGUUUGACGGUUUGCCUGACUCAGAGUCGUGAGGAGAUUAUGGCGAGUGGUGAUAGCAGUUACUUGCUGCAACAGGAUUUUGUUGUACCUGAUGCCCCUCAGGUGUUUGUGGGAAUGUCACAGGAAGUGCAGACCAGGCACUAGAUGACUUGCCUUGCGUGAAUGGUUGGUCUGAUGGCAAUGAUAGAGAAGAAGGUGAAGCGGUUCCAUGGUUGCAGGAUCUGCAAGUAGCAUGUGCUGCAUCAAAGCUAGCAGGGUGUGAGGAAAACAGUUUCGUUGCUGUGCAGGUCACCAGGAAUAUGAGCACUGAUGUUGAUUUUUCAGCACCAUACUUAGAGUUUGGAGUCAUUGAUGCAAGCCAAAUGUUUAAGGAAAUGCCUCUUGAGGCUACAUGGGAUGAGGAGAUGCAAUCUGACAUUCACUUGCAUGAAGGUUUACUGAAGCAGCUUGCUCAAGGUGGAAAUUGCUUUGUUGGUGUGGAGAGGAAACUAACUGAUGAACCUGACACUAAUUACUUGCACACUCAGGUGGUACUGCCUGAGCAUGUUGAGUUUGUGGAUUCAAAGGGAGCUGCAUAUGAGAUGUUCAAUGAAAUAUCAUCUGAGAAUGUGAUAUGGGAUGAGGAGGUGAUGCCAGACCAGGAUACAGACAACUUGUUGCAGCUAAUUGUUUCAGGUAGAGAGCACUUGGACAGUGAGAAGGCAAAGUCAAUAAUUGAGUUCGAUGAUGUUGGGAGCAUCAUUUGGGAUGAGGAUAUGCCACACAACCUUGACAUGCACAUCAAUCUUUUAGAGCAGUUUGCUGAUGUUAAGCAGGGACAUGGAGACAAUGAUUUCCUCACUGAAGUUGGUGAUUUACCAUUGUUUCUACAGCAUGACGUGGUCAUAGCAAAUGACAUAUUUGAUGUGCUUGCUGUCCAGGAGCUGAACCUUGGCAUUGAGAACUUGGUCAAUUGUGAAGAAAUGAAAGGAGCAAGUGUCUGCAGCUUUGAGAAGUGUGGAAUUGAUACUGCUCACUCACUGCUUGGCAACUUAUCAUCGUUGGGAGGUUUCAGUCAGUGCAGUAAUGUCAACAGACAUGUGCUUGAGAAAAUGACAGCAUGGAGGUAUGGUAGUUUUAGUCCAGGACAAAGUGAGCUCAGCGUGGUGGAUGGUGAAAAAUUACACAAUGAAAUAGCCCUCAAAACCAAUGGCAAUUUGCAUCUGAAAGAUCAUGGAGCUGGUUUUGGUAUGGUGUUGUCCUCUGCAGGGUGCAUGGCAGAAAAAGGGAGUGCUCGUUAUGUGAUUUCUGAAAUGCCACCAUGGCGUCAAAAUACUUUCAACAAAGGAAACUAUCACAUGAAAACUGAUUAUUCAGUUUUUGACAAAAUAUCUUAAUGGAAGCAAAAUGGUUUCAGUCCAUGGAGUAGAGUCAACCAAAUAGUGCUUGAGGUAAUAUCAGAGUGGAAGCAUGGUGGAAAAGUAGCAGGUGUUUGUACCUCAUCAAUGGGCUCCCAAGGCGGAUGUGAGCUAAACGGAAGGAUUUGGGAUCCGGGCAUUCAUAAAUCAGCUUAGAUAAGUUCAGUAAUGAGUCAUGACUGCUUUGCUUGCACAGACAUGGUGAGAGAAUGAGCCGGGGCUGCAGCUUAAAUGAAUCUAGUUAUCACAGAUGACCUGCUGAGUUCUUCAGAGAAGUUGGGCGGUAAAGACUAAGCAAAGAGUGGGCUAUGCGGUUGCUUGGGGACAAGCAACUUUUCGAGGUGGUGGAAGUGUAACACCCGUGGACUCAGUCUAUGAACAGCAGGGCCCAUGUGUAAGAUAAUGUGAGGGAAGUCAUAAAAGCCAACAGCUGCUAGAGAGAAGGGAACGAAGAAAUCAAAUAGAAGCUUAUUCCCUUGCUUGUUCGUCCUCGGUGGCGGUGGCGGCGGCAGCGGCGGCGGCGAUCCCAUCUCACGUCACGGCGAUCUCGUCGGCGGCCACGGGAGAAUUUAUCCGGAACCAGGAGGCACUGUAAAGUCUGAACAACUGAACCUCUCUUAUCAACUUCAGCACAUCAGUAGUAUAUUCAUCACUAACUGUUCUCA